AUGCGUGUCUAUCGCUCCAAGGAUGAAGAUUCGGCCCAGCAAUAUCGAAAUCCUGCUCGAGGUAUGAGGCUCAUUGUUGCCGGGGCUCUGGUGUCUGCCCUGAAGAAUUCUAUUGUAAACAAAGAGAUCUCAUUUUUCAGCUAUGACAACUUUUAUCACAAACCUUUCCUUCACCGGAAUGCUCGACAGAGUUCCCAGCUGAUGGAAGAUCAAACUCUGUUUUUAAAUUUCCUCUUUCUGACCCCCUUUAUUCUUUCAAGGUUUGAUAUUGUUUUUGCUGGUGUGGCGGGACGACGGCCUUGCGGAGGCAGCGGUCGUUUUAUAGGCCUCUUAGUCCCGGAUGAGCACAUCGGCGAGUUCCAAUCGUCUGAUCAGUAUUUGACAGUCAAACUCUGGGCUUCUAAGACUUCCCUAAUGAUUCUAUAUCACAGGAUCAUAAAUCUGGUGUGA